AUGGGUCAUGACCUGACCAUAGACUAUAACGAUGAGCCGUUACUCAGCGGGUCAGGUGACGUUUCCAAGGAGUGUGCAGAGAAGAUUCUGGAGACCUGGGGAGACUUGUUAUCUAAGUGGCAUAUGAAUUUAUCAGUGCGUCCCAGACAGCUGCCAGCUUUGGUGCGGAGUGGCAUUCCUGAGGCUCUCCGUGGGGAGGUGUGGCAGCUCCUGGCAGGCUGCCAUAACAAUGACCACCAGGUAGAAGAGUACCGCACGCUUAUGACAAAGGAGUCCCCUCAGGACAGUGCCAUCACCAGGGACAUUAACAGGACAUUCCCAGCUCAUGACUACUUCAAAGACACUGGAGGAGAUGGGCAAGACUCCCUCUACAAGAUCUGCAAGGCUUAUUCUGUUUACGAUGAGGAGAUUGGCUACUGCCAGGGGCAGUCCUUCUUGGCUGCUGUGCUGCUGCUGCACAUGCCGGAGGAGCAAGCUUUCAGUGUGCUGGUCAAGAUCAUGUUUGAUUACGGGCUCAGGGACCUUUUCAAGCAGAACUUUGAAGAUCUGCAUUGCAAGUUCUUCCAACUCGAAAGACUUAUGCAGGAAUAUAUACCAGAUCUGUACAACCAUUUCCUGAAUGUGGGUCUGGAAGCUCAUAUGUACGCCUCUCAGUGGUUCCUCACCCUCUUCACAGCCAAGUUCCCUCUUUACAUGGUCUUCCAUAUCAUUGACCUGCUACUGUGUGAGGGCAUCAGUGUGAUCUUCAAUGUAGCCUUGGCACUUCUGAAGACAUCAAAGGACGAUCUGAUCCAAACAGACUUCGAGGGGGCGCUUAAAUUCUUUCGUGUCCCAGUUCCGAAGAGGUACCGUUCGGAGGAAAAUGCAAAGAAACUCAUGGAGCUGGCCUGUAGCAUGAAGAUAAGCCAGAAAAAGCUGAAGAAAUUUGAGAAGGAGUACCACACCAUACGGGAGCAGCAGGAGCAACAGGAGGCCCCCAUUGAGAGAUAUGAGCGGGAGAACCGUCGUUUGCAAGAGGCUAACAUGCGUUUGGAGCAGGAGAAUGACGACCUGGCACAUGAACUUGUCAGCAGCAAGAUAGCCCUGCGCAAAGACCUUGACAACGCUGAGGAGAAGGCAGACGCCCUGAAUAAAGAGUUGCUGCUGACUAAACAGAAACUGGUGGACUCUGAGGAUGAGAAGAGACGACUGGAGGAAGAGUCUGCACAGCUGAAGGAGAUGUGCAGACGAGAGCUCGAUAAGUCUGAAUCAGAGAUUAAGAAGAACGGCUCCAUUAUUGGAGAAUAUAAGCAGAUCUGCUCCCAGCUGAGUGAACGACUGGAGAAACAACAGACAGCCAACCGAGGAGAACUGGAGAAAAUCCGGUCCAAAGUGGAAGGCUGUGAGAAGUGCAGUAGUCUUUUCAACAAAGAGGGUCGUGUGCGGGCUGUGACCACAGCGCCUGCUGGGGGGUCUGAGGAGACCGAUGAGGAGAAGGAGGGUUUGAAGAACCAGCUGAGAGAGAUGGAGCUGGAACUAGCCCAGACCAAACUGCAGCUGGUGGAGGCGGAGUGCAAAAUCCAGGACCUGGAGCACCACCUGGGUCUGGCCCUCAACGAGGUACAGGCUGCCAAGAAGACCUGGUUCAACCGAACGCUCAGUUCCAUCAAGACCGUUACUGGGACCCAGGGCAAGGAGACCACUUAACCUGAUAACCCCAUCACCCAGUUUUACCCAGACCAUGUCUGGAGUGCAGUGCAACUCACCACGCUGAAACCUCUGGACGCCUAACUUAACCCACCAGGCCAUAACUUUAACACGAACAUUGACCGUUAAAUCCCAGGAUGACCAUUACUACCUACUGUGUUACUUCUUGUUCUUCUUAUCAAAAAUGUCCUCGUAUUUCCCCCUUCCCUCCUCCCUGAUCCAAUCUCCACCAUCCACUUCUCCCCCAGUCCAACCCAAAUGACUACAGCCAACUGUGCUGAUGAGAAGGGGUUGAAAACCACAAGAUGAAGUACAACAGUACCACUUUCCCCAGAGAAACAAUGUGCUUCCACUGGUCACAGAAAGAAAAGCCUAUAAAAAGAGAAAUGCUUCAUUUAUUUCUGUCUUUGUACUGCUGAUAUUAAAGACCCGCAGAAGGAAGGUAGGACAUCUGAACAUUAACUGUCCGGACGGGAUAGAGAAGAAAACACUCCGUCCUUCCUCACUGUUCUGCGUGCUCCCCUCUAAACUACUGGCACAAACCAACCAGUCCCUGUAAAAUGUUUGUUUUAGGUACGAGAGCUAAUAGACGCCUUUUCAAAACUGAGCUUUUUCUAAUUUACGUUGAACAAUAUCUUUCUUUUUCUAUGUAUGUACAUGAAUGUGCUUAUGUAAAGAGGAUAUGUGUGUGUGUGUGAGAGAGAGUGUGCAUGUUUUUUUUGUUUUGCAUUGAAUGUGAGGUGUGUGUGAGACUGAAAAAAAAAUAAGUUUUUGAAUGCAUAAUUGACUGAAAAUGUUAUAUCCAUGUAUAAAAGAAAGAAGGAGACAGUGUGUGGAAGUCCAUGGGAAAGAAAAAGCACUAAGGUUAUGAGUGUGUGCAUGUAAGGAAAUAGUUCCUGAUUGUCUAGUUUCCUUUAAUGUGUACAACAAAUGUGUAUGAGUGAUGCUAAAGAAAAGUUUUGCUGACAAAGCCUUUUAUCUGAAGGUCGAUAAAGAUGAAACUAAUGGAUAUGAAUAUAUAAUUUACAGUAAGAACAGAAGCAUAAUAGCUGUUGUGAUGGCUGUGACCAACAGCAGCAUUACUCCUAUCAAGUUGCAGACAUUAAACAUGCUUGAGGUUUGUUUGGUUUGGAUGUCCCAGCACAAAGAAACAAAGAAAGCUCCAAACCAUGCAAACCUCCGCAUGUAUUAUACAGUAUGUUUAUGUAUGUUAGAACACUGUUUAACCCAGAGUGUUGCAAUGCUUGUUACAAAGUCAAAAUGGAAAACACACACAGAACAUUGUUAUUCCUGCUGCACUUGACCACACCUUUAAAAACCCGCCUUCUUCCUUCCCUGGCGCUAGAUGUGAUCUUUGACCUUUGACCUUGACUGCCAGGGUCAUGUUUCAUACUAAGUUGAGCAGGCCUUUUCGCAGUUCAUUCAGACCUUUGGGAUCUCUUUUAGCACUAUAAACACUGAAUUACACUGUUAAUUUUAUAUACAGUCGGAGGGAAACGGAAGCAAUGCAGUCAGCAGCAAAAAAAACAUGCCUUGUCAGCAAGAGAGGUCAGACGACAAUGGCCAGAAAUGUUUUUUAAAAUGAACAGGAAGGACAGGGAUAAGUGCAACAUAGUGUCCCAGCAGAGUGCAGAAGGGCAUAACUUGUUUAAUCUUGGCUUGACUUUAAUUUGCGCUGUUGAUGGUAGGAUCAGAGUUGACAUUAAAAAAAGCUUCUAUCCUGUGUUGAGUCAAAGGUAGAGUAUUGCAGUGUAAUGGUGAGUGUUUUCUUGGCUUAGGAUAGGGUCUGUUAAUAUCACUGGAAUGCCACGGUGUACAAGGCAUUGUUACACUCCAGGUGUGUCGCUUCAUGGCUGUGUGACAGAGCGCUCAUCAUCUCAAGGCGGACCGGUAACAUGACAGCGACUUGUGUUUAUUCUGGCUGCCUGCACUCGACUCAAUAGAGCACCUAUGGGGACGAGGUGGAACAGGAUAACCACAGCACAAGCACAUCGCAGCUUCCAAAAAAAAAAAAAACCCAUGCAGGAAUUGAUCGACUUUAUCGAACCAGCUUGGAGCACCUUGAUGAAUUCAUGCCUCUAAGAAUACAAUGUUCAAGGGGUGGGGAAGCAGAUGUUAAAAAUACUGAAGUGGCCACAGUGUAUACACAUACACGGUUGUGAAUGUAGCAGCAGAAAAGUCACACAAAGACACUUCUGGAAGUGUAACUGUGCACCUAAGUGUGGAUCAAUGUCACAGUAGUUCAAAACAAUGUCAUCAGAGGUCAAACUGGUCUCUAAACCAGUCCAGAGGGGAAGGGGGGGGGUUUGAAAAGUGCUCGCGUGUGUGUGUGUGUGUGUGUGUGUUUGUUUUCAUAUUUAUCUGACUAAAAAAGGGCACUCAACAAUAUCCCAAGACUAUUCCAAUUUUACUAAUCACAUUAGACUGAAGCAAAAAAAUAAAACAGAACCGUUACUGUAAAUAACAUUUAACUUGAAGGUUGAAUCUGAUUGGCCGGAAUCUGAUGAUGUCAGAGUGAAAGUCCAGAUGAGGUCGAAAGAAAACAAAGGGCCAUUCCUCUGAAGGCUUUGGGUUGAAAAUAACAAACAUUCAAAAAUGGAUAUUGAGUUUUUGUUUAUGAUUUUCUACUCUGUAACUAUAACUAAUGUUGCCUACUUGUACCUACCUGCUGCCGUGCUACAGUUUAAUCCACAACGAUGUUUUCUGUUUAUAAUGUUUAUUUUGCGCCGAGCUUCUCAGUCAGACUGCUGUUUGUUUAAUUAAAUGCCAAAACGUAGCUUUAUCAUCCAACAACAAAAACAUUAUCAACGUGUGGAAAUUGUAAUAGUGUAGGAUGCAUUGUGUAUACUUCAUGAAUUUCAAUAUAAAGAAAUCAACACAA